GGGCAAUGUGUCAUCCUGUCUUCAUCCAUGUGAUGAACUGGUGGGCUUGGUCACUGAGAUCCAGGGUCUGCAUAUUGUGACCACCAACCUGCUUGAAGAUCUGGAAAGAAUAUCUGCAGAAAAUGAGGAUAUGCGCAUAUCUUUGGCCGAGCUGAGCAACAGCAGCAGUAACAACAACAGCAGCACCAGCAGUGGCAACAAUGGCGGCAAUAGUGGCAGGAACAGUGGUGGCACCAGCGAUGGCACCAGCGACGGCACCAGCGGCGGCACCGGAGGCAGCAACAGCGGCGGUGAUGACAGUGACCUUGACAGGGGCAGAGACGGGGAGUUCUGGUGUAUGCAAGAUGGACGGCUGUAUGAGCAGAGGGAGGACUGGGAGGUUGACAGCUGCACCUCCUGCAUUUGCCAGGAUGGAAAAGUGGUGUGUCAGCAGAUGUCUUGUCCUCCUGUGUCUUGCAUCAAUCCGUCCUUUAUUGAUGGGAAGUGCUGCCCGGUCUGUCUCAAUAAUGAAGAUGGUUGGUCUCCGUGGUCAGAGUGGACUUACUGUUCUGCCACCUGUGGAAGAGGAGGGCAGCGAAGGGGUCGGUCCUGUAAUGGCAUCAUGCCGUUCUGUGAUGGCCCAUCGGUCCAAACCCGCAACUGCGUUCUGAUGAAGUGUGACCGCAAGGUCCGUACUGACGGGAACUGGGGUCACUGGUCUCCUUGGUCUGCAUGUACAACCACAUGUGGAGAAGGCAGCAUCACACGGGUCCGUCUCUGCAACAACCCUCCACCGCAGAAAGGAGGCAGAGGGUGCACAGGCAGCGCCAGGGAAACACAACCCUGCAACAACACACUCUGCCCCAUUGCUGGAGGCUGGACAACCUGGACUGAAUGGUCACUGUGCUCAGAGUCAUGUGGGGGAGGCCUUACAAGUCGCCAGCGGGAGUGUUUGAAUCCCGCUCCUCAGAAUGGCGGGAAGCGUUGUGCUGGAGACGCUGUAGACUAUGAAUCUUGCAACAGACAACCAUGUCCUAUAGACACAUGUUUGCUGUCAAAUCCGUGUUUUCCUGGGGUGGAGUGUACAUCACAUAGCGAUGGGUCAUGGGAAUGUGGACACUGUCCGUUGGGUUUAACUGGCAACGGCACUCACUGUGACGAUGAGAACGAGUGUGAAGUGGAGGGUGUAUGUGUCACAGAGUGUGUGAACACAGACCCUGGGUUCUACUGCCUCCCCUGUCCUCCUCGCUAUAAGGGCACCCAGCCAUUUGGUCUUGGACUGCAGGAAGCCCUGAAAACCAAGCAGAUGUGUGAACCAUACAAUCCUUGCAAAGACAACACACACAGCUGCCACAAAUAUGCUGAGUGUGUGUAUUUGGGCCUGGCAUCUCAGGUCUUAUACAAGUGUGUGUGCACUGUGGGGUUUGCUGGCGAUGGCUUCUUGUGUGGUGAAGACUCUGAUCUGGAUGGUUGGCCCAACAACAUCCUGCCCUGCAAACAGAAUGCGACCUAUCACUGUCAAAAGGAUAAUUGCCCCAUGCUACCAAACUCUGGACAGGAAGAUCUGGACAAGGAUGGACAGGGAGAUGCCUGUGAUCCUGAUGAUGACAAUGACAACAUCAUAGAUGAAAGGGACAACUGCCCAGUGGUAUACAACCCCCUACAGUUUGAUUCUGACAGAGACGGAGUCGGGGACCCCUGCGACAACUGUCCGUUUGAUAGCAACCCACUGCAGACAGACACUGAUAACGACGGAGAGGGGGACGCCUGCAGCAUCGACAGCGAUGGAGAUGAGGUUCAGAAUGACAGGGACAACUGCCCCCUCGUCUACAACACAGACCAGAGGGACACAGACCUGGAUGGUGUUGGAGACCAGUGUGACAACUGUCCCCUUCUUCACAAUCCACUGCAGCUUGACGCUGACAAUGACCUGGUGGGGGACACGUGCGAUGACAACGAGGACAUCGAUGAGGACGGCCACCAAAACUCUCUAGACAACUGUCCCUACAUAGCCAACAGCAACCAGGCCGACCAUGACAAGGACGGGAAGGGAGAUGUUUGUGACCACGAUGACGACACUGAUGGUGCAGAUGUGAACACAUGCAGAUUAAUUCCAUUUUUAUUUCCUUCCUGGCAAAAUCCAGGAAAUCACAAUUACAUUUUGCUCUAUUUAUUCCUCUCUCUUGCAGGUGACGGCAGUGGAGAUGCUUGUUUCAAUGACUUUGACAAUGACAGUAUUCCAGAUGCACUGGAUCCGUGUCCGCUGAACCAGAAUAUUGGGUCAACAGACUUCAGGAAGUUUCAGGUUGUUUUGUUGGACCCUAGUGGCACCACACAGUCCGACCCCCUCUGGGUGAUCCGCAGCCAGGGUACAGAGCUCCUGCAGACAGCUAACUCCGACCCUGGGAUUGCUUUAGGAUAUGUUAAGUUCAGCGCAGUAGACUUCAGUGUGACAUUUUAUGUGAACACUGACCGAGAUGACGACUAUGCAGGCAUUGUGUUCGCCUACCAGUCCAAUCAGCGAUUUUACGCCGUCAUGUGGAAACAGGUGUCUCAGGCCUACUGGGAGAAAAAGCCAUUCAAAGCUUUUGGCACAGCAGGAGUUUCCAUCAAACUCGUUAACUCCACCACAGGACCGGGGGAAUAUCUACGCAACGCCCUCUGGCAUACUGGAAACACCAGGCACCAGGCAUGAAUGGAUGAGCUCAUAUGUGUCUGACCUGCUUUAUUCUUCUUGUAAUAUCAUAACUCACACAAAAUGUCUCUUUCAAAAUGUCCUAAAAUUGCCCUGAACAGACCAUCCUUGGCCAGUCGGCACAGUAAAGAUCAGGUGCACUCAGGUGAUGUCUCUGUGUGUGUUUCAGGUCAGAACGUUGUGGCAUGACCCCAAUAAAAUUGGGUGGAAGGACUACACAGCCUACCGCAUGCACCUUACCCACAGACCCAAGACUGGGUUCAUCAGGGUGGUGGUGUACGAGGGCAGGGAUAUUUUAUCUGACUCAGGAGCGGUGUACGACCACACCCUGGCUGGAGGCAGGCUGGGCCUGUUUGUCUUCUCUCAGGAACACGUCCUCUUCUCAGACCUCAAAUACGAGUGCAGAGAUAACUGAAUUUUCUAGAAUAUUCAGGAGACUGUACAACCACCUUCCAGAGAUUUACAUUAAUACAUCUGAGGAAA